GCUUUCCACUUCACUGUUUACACAUCUCUUACUUCCAUCUCUCUCUCUCUCUCUCCCCCUCCCUCUCUCUCUCUCUCUCUCUCUCUCUCUCUCUCUCUCCAUUUUCCAAGCAAAAACAGCUUUCUCCCUCUAGAAAAUUCAUUCAUGUCGGAGAAGGGUCACCCUUUGCCAAAAUUUGGUGAAUGGGAUGUCAAUGAUCCUGCCUCAGCUGAGGGAUUCACUGUGAUUUUUAACAAGGCAAGGGAUGAGAAAAAGACAGGAGGCAAACCCGAGUCACCCAAAAAGGUUGAUCCUCCAAUUAAGCAUGGAGUGGAUCCUGGCAAACCACAGCCUGUAAAAAAAAUGGUUUUGCUGCAUCCAAAGCCCGGCUGCAGAAUCCUGAUGAGGUUCUGCUCAUCUAAAAGCUUUCAUGGAAGAGUAUGUUCAUGUGUAACUAGCCCCACUGUCUAUUUAAAGAAAUAUAGGAGCUUUAGUGCUGUGGCCUGUCCUGCUGGAAUUUGUUUCUGUGCUGUAAUAUUUGAGUUGUUGUGGGGGAAAGCUGAAAAAAAAGGUAAAAAUGAAAACUUACUGUAUCUAUAUGUACUGAUUUUGUGGGUUAUUAUUAGAAGCCAAGCUAUUUUCUUGUCUUUGCCUUCUCUGCUCUAUUAUGGAUUGUAGAGCUUUUGUUUGUGACAUAUAUUCUUCAUGCUUAUUGUAUUGAUGAAUUGACUUUGUUUGUGAA